AUGUCCGUCUUCGAGCCGGCAUCAAUGAUGGUCAAGUGCGAUCCUCGUCACGGCAAGUACAUGGCCUGCUGCAUGAUGUACCGUGGCGACGUGGUCCCAAAGGACGUGAACGCUGCCGUGGCCACCAUCAAGACCAAGCGCACCAUCCAGUUCGUGGACUGGUGCCCCACCGGCUUCAAGUGCGGCAUCAACUACCAGCCACCGACCGUGGUGCCCGGCGGUGACCUGGCCAAGGUGAUGCGCGCCUGCUGCAUGAUCUCGAACAGCACCGCCAUCGCCGAAGUCUUCUCCCGCAUCGACCACAAGUUCGACUUGAUGUACUCCAAGCGUGCCUUCGUCCACCACUACGUCGGCGAAGGCAUGGAGGAGGGCGAGUUCUCCGAGGCCCGCGAGGAUUUGGCAGCCUUGGAGAAGGCUGCACGGGGCUGUCAGAAACGAAUGUUGUACAGCACUGCUGCCGAGACUGCUUUGCCAUGCCCUUGUUCAAGAGGGCGAAGAUGCAUACUUUCAAUCCAAAUGCUGGCUAGGCAUUGA